AUGUACGACAAUGUAGAUCCGGCUGUUCUUCCGCUCGGAAUCUUCUUCUUCUUCUGUUCCCUGGUCGGAGUCGUCGGCAAUUCCAUCAUGAUCAUUUGCUCAAUUGUGACCAAGUACAGAAGGAUUACUGUCGAGAACGUUACAAUAUUCAUUCCAGAAGACUUCGUUCCCCGUGUCACUUUCUAAUUUCUGCCACGUGUCUCAUCGACGCACUCCACAUCAGCGGACAGUUCCCGUUCUGUUUCCAACUCUUCACAGGAUGUACCUGCUCUUCCGCUUAUACACUUUUGUCUUUAUUUUCAGUGACCGCUUCCCAAUCCCAAUGUUUCUUCAUUCUCUCGAUCCCGGUGAUCGGACUCACUGCCGGCGGUCCUCUGAUCCUCGCGAUGGGCAUCGAUCGGUUCGUCGCCGUCAAGUUUCCCACUUCUUACCGUUACUACCAGCAAGCGCCAGUUAGGUACAUCGUUAUCCAGUUGAUCUUUCCCAUUCUGUAUACGAUUGCCUUCUUGAUUUAUGGGUACACCGAAAGAGACACAGACGAGUCUAAGUGAGUUGCUAAGUGAACCUGUUCAUCUUGAAGUUCCGUUCAGCCAAAUCACGUGUGCGAAUCCGUUGGCUCUGAAUGGACGGGCUUUCCAGGUGUACAACUACACAAGUGGCCUACUUUAUGUUGUGAUCUUUUUUCUCUACUUCAAAGUUUACUUUUCACUCAAAUCCAACAAAACUAGUAAGCUUUCUCGGCGUUUUCCGAGUUCAUAACGUCAAAAAUUUCGAGGCUCUCGCUUCAAAAAAGUGUUCCGUUCGAUCGGAGUGACCGUAUGCUUCGUGCUGUUCGGAUGGAUGACAACUACAAUCGCAAAUGCGUCCUCCUACGCCGUCACCGACGAUCUGAACGUUGCCCAUCUCAUUCAGAUGUACGCUGGAAUCGCGGUCAACUUUGCCGCCGCCUCAAAUGUGUUCGUGUUCUACUCGAUAAAGUACGACUCGACCCGAAGCAGCUCAAUAGUUAGUCGAUAAUUUUCAGUUCCGAGUACCGUGAAUCCAUUAAUGCAAUGCUUGGAAUCGGCAAAAAGAGCGGUGUUUCUCACACGGAAACAUCAACGACCCAAGAAGCGGCGGCACCUCAUUCGUCCGGCCGAUCAAAGUCCAUUUCUGUGCUGUCAUUGCCAAAGUUCUUGUCUUCUUCGAAAAUAUCUCAAAGAAGGAUGACUCUUGUUUAA